ACCCACCUUACCCGCGGGUGAAACAAAUCUCCCUUCAGAGUUCAGACAGUCUCGUUUCGCCGUUGCUUCGUAGUCGCUUUUUCCCUUCUUCGAUUUUGCUUCCUCUUUCUCGAAAACUCACCAUAUAUAUACACAUUUCCAACUGCACCAAAAACAUUCAACAAGAUUCCUGUUGCAUUCUAGAUGUCCAUGGCUUCCAUUAACCUAUCUUCGCGGUCAAUAGCAGCUCUUUCUUGCCCUCAAGCAAGCAAGGGCUAUAAAUUGUUCAAUGGAUCACCUAGUAUGAAUAUUUUCUCUGUAAAUGGCUACACAAAUGAGUUGGCCUUCCUUCGAUUGGGUACUAGAUCACUGCCUGGUGUCAAGAGUGUGGGGAAAGCUAGAGCAGCAGUGGUAUCUGGAGAAGGUGACCUUUUGUCCUAUUCCAAUGGAAAUGCUGUGUCAAAUGGUGCUUUCUUCAGUGAUAAAUCAGUUGGGAUUGAGGCACAGCCAGAUGCAAUAGCAUUUGGAACACUUGCAGCUGAUACCAUACCUAUAGCUACUGGUUUUCCCAUUGAUAGUGAUGAAUUUGAUUUGGAUUGUCCCACUGAAGGUUUUUCUUCUAUCCCUGAGGCCAUUGAGGACAUUCGCCAGGGAAAGAUGGUAGUGGUUGUAGAUGACGAGGACAGAGAAAAUGAAGGGGAUCUGAUAAUGGCAGCACAGUUAGCGACACCUGAAGCUAUGGCUUUUAUUGUGAAGCAUGGAACUGGAAUAGUUUGUGUAAGCAUGAAGGAAGAAGAUCUAGAGAGGUUGCAACUUCCUUUGAUGGUAAACCAGAAGGAAAAUGAAGAGAAACUUUGUACUGCUUUCACGGUGACAGUGGAUGCAAAACAUGGUACAACUACUGGUGUGUCAGCUCGUGAUAGGGCAACAACAAUAUUAGCACUUGCUUCUAGAGAUUCGAAACCUGAGGACUUCAACCGCCCAGGUCACAUUUUCCCACUGAAGUAUAGGGAAGGUGGUGUUCUGAAAAGAGCUGGACAUACUGAAGCUUCUGUUGAUCUUGCCAUGCUAGCUGGGCUGGACCCUGUUGCAGUUCUCUGUGAGGUUGUUGAUGAUGAUGGUUCCAUGGCUAGAUUACCAAUGCUGCGUCAAUUUGCCAAGCGUGAAAACUUGAAAAUUAUAUCUAUUGCUGAUUUAAUCAGGUAUAGAAGAAAGAGGGACAAAUUAAUUGAUUGUGCAGCUGCUGCACGGAUACCUACCAUGUGGGGGCCAUUUACAGCAUAUUGUUACAGGUCCAUCUUAGAUGGGAUUGAACAUAUAGCAAUGGUUAAGGGUGAGAUUGGAGAUGGACAAGAUAUUCUUGUAAGGGUACACUCAGAAUGCCUCACUGGCGACAUAUUUGGAUCUGCCAGGUGUGACUGUGGGAAUCAGCUGGCCCUUGCAAUGCAGCAGAUUGAGGCUGCUGGCAGGGGUGUUCUAGUCUACCUUCGUGGCCAUGAAGGAAGAGGCAUAGGUUUGGGUCACAAGCUCCGUGCUUAUAACCUGCAGGAUGCUGGACGUGAUACAGUGGAAGCAAAUGAGGAGCUUGGAUUACCUGUAGAUUCCAGAGAAUAUGGUAUUGGUGCGCAGAUGCUAAGGGACUUAGGUGUCAGAACGAUGAAGUUGAUGACAAACAACCCUGCAAAGUACAGCGGGCUGAAGGGUUAUGGUUUGGCAAUUGCAGGCAGGGUUCCACUUUUGACUCCCAUUACAAAGGAGAACAAGAGAUACCUUGAAACAAAACGUGCUAAGAUGGGUCACGUAUACGGUCGAGAAUUUAAUGGUCGUUUGAACAGUCUCAUCAGUGGUGGCAAUGGUAAACCAAGCAUUAACUCUACAUCUGAUUCUGGAUCCGAGUCCUAGGAGCUUCUGCUUGAUUCAGAUGUUCUGAGGGCAUAACUCAAGUUCAAGAGGCAAGCUUCCUUCUCAACGGAAAGACGGCAUUGUCUGACAAACUGAUUAAAGAUACAAGAUUUUUUUUCGGCAUUGUCUGACAGACUGAUUAAAGGCACAAGAUUCUUUUUUUUUUUUUUUUCUUUUCAAUUUUAUAACGUAGAUGAUCAAUUUGAUGUUAUUUUUAGCAUUCUGAGGAAUUUCAUAUAAGUCCAAACGUUUUAACUCCUAAGGAAGAGCCAUUCAUUCUUGUUCUUCAUAAGGUAACAUCAAAGGAAGGGCCAUUCAUUCUUGUUCUUGAUAAGAGGUGUAAAUGAGGUGAAAAACUCAUGUUCAAGCACAUGUUGCUUAUUGCCUGGCGUUCUUGAGCCUUUUGAUAAUUUACAUGGCAUCAUUGUCCUUUUUUU